CCCCCAACGAAAAGAAACUCUCUCUCCCCCAACUUCUUCAUCUCCCUCUCUCUCUUAAAAGGCUGAUACAGAUAUGUCGUGUGAUACUACGAAGGAAAAUGCAUCUGUAGUCGAUUCAUCUGUUACUGACUGGAAACAAGACAUAGGCAAUUCAGAUGAUCCAGGGUUGCCAAGUUGUGGGGUGGUAAUGGAAGUGUCUAAUGCUGUUAACCCAAGUAAGAGUUCAAGUCACAAAGUUAAUGAGGGGGUUGAUCCACCUAAAUCCGAAGAAGUAGAGCAUUCUCGUGAUCAGGUCGGGAAUUCCACCUCACAAAAAAAGAGUACAGUGCAUGAUACUAGAUAUUUCAUCAUUAAGAGUUUGAAUCAUCAAAAUAUCCAACUAUCAAUUGAGAAAGGAAUUUGGGCUACUCAAGUCAUGAAUGAACCAAUUUUGGAAGAAGCCUUUCAUAACUCUGGUAAAGUAAUUUUAAUAUUCAGUGUCAACAUGAGUGGUGCCUUCCAAGGGUAUGCUCAAAUGAUGUCUUCUGUUGGAUGGAGACGAGACAAUGUAUGGAGUCAAGGAAGUAGUAGAAGUAAUCCAUGGGGCCGCAGUUUUAAGGUCGAAUGGCUGCGGCUAAAUGAUCUUCCUUUCCAAAAGACUCUUCAUCUCAAGAAUCCAUUAAAUGAGUACAAACCCGUUAAAAUUAGCAGAGACUGCCAGGAGUUGUCUCCAGAUGUUGGAGAAGCUCUUUGUGAGCUUCUUGAUGGGACGGAUGAUGUGCACGGCUUACCGAACGGUAUUCCCAUGGAUGAUUUUCCUUCAAAAAGGCCUUGUAUAGAGCCUCCAUGUUCAGUAGGGGAGGAAGAGUAUAAUGUGGGUCCCAUGCAUCUAUUGUGGUCCCAGACACCCAUGAUGUAUCCUUCGUUUCUUUACCAGCAGCAGGCUGAAGCAAAUAGAUAUCAUUUAGCAAAUCAGAGAUCUACUGAAAGUCGUCUAACUAGCGCUCUUCUGACUGAAGAUGAUUUUUUGGAAAUGUCUUAUGAAGAAUACCUGGAGGCCCAAAGCAGAAGUGGCAAGGAAGUAUGUCUGCCUGGUUCUAGAUCAGAGGAAUCAUCAAGAAGUAGAAUGCAGGAACAUGAUUUAAACUCAAGCUAUGGAAGUGGCCGCGGCUGCUCAAGGAAAAGGCCUCAUCAUUCAUCCCACAGGCAAUCACAAUACUGAUGUAGCCAACCUCCCUUGGUCUUUUCGGAUAAUAGGUUUGUCAUCUAACGGGGUUUUGCAUUUCCAUCGUGGCAAAACAUCCAGUGAAGUCACCCUUGUGUCCUGUUGUAUACAUGUAUACUGUUUUUUUCCCAGAUGGGACUGUUCUUGGGGCUAGUUACUAAAUUGUACAGUUAUUGAAUCGGCAACUGAGCCCCGACCAUUCCUUCUCCAUAUUGACCUAGAUUAGAUGAAUGAAUGCUAUGCAUUCAACCGUGCAGUUUUUGACGGUCACCAAUUUAUCAGCCUAGUUUGUUCUGAUGUGAAAUGGUUUUUAUCCAUCGAUGCCUGUGUUCUGAUUC